CAAUAUAUGAAUGCAGAUAAACAGGUCUGGUAAAAAAAAACUCUUUAUAAGGAAGGAGGUAUCUGAAACCUUCAGUAGGAGAACAGCUUCUGAGAUGGUGAAAAUGCUGGUCACUUUGCUGCUCGUUACUCUGGCAGUUUCCGGUGGACAAUCAGCCUCCUGUGAUCAUCUUUCUUUUUCUGAGAAGAAGAAGAACAUUCUCAAUCUGCUGGCAUGUUUAGAUGAGGAUUCAGACCAAACCAUCUCCCUGGAUGACAGCUAUGCAGCUGGAGGCAAUGAACGAUUUGGGUACAGGAGCUGCAAGGAUAUCAAACAGUCUGACAGACGUGCUACUGAUGGGAUUUACACCCUUAUGACUGAAGAUGGGUUGACCUAUCAAACCUUCUGUGACAUGACCACAAAAGGGGGAGGCUGGACUCUAGUCGCCAGUGUCCAUGAAAACAACAUGUUUGGGAAGUGCACAGUGGGAGAUCGCUGGUCUAGUCAACAGGGGGACCUUAUAGAUUACCCAGAGGGAGAUGGCAAUUGGGCAAACUAUGCCACAUUUGGGUUACCAGAUGGAGCAACCAGUGAUGACUACAAGAAUCCUGGUUAUUAUGACAUUUCUGCCAAAGACUUGGGUAUAUGGCACGUUCCAAACAAGACACCAAUGUUUCUCUGGAGGAACUCUUCUCUACUGAGAUAUCGCACAGAAACUGGAUUUCUUCCUGGCGAGGGUGGGAAUCUAUUUCAACUGUACAAGAAAUACCCAGUGAAGUAUAAUAUUGGAAAUUGCCUUGCACACAAUGGUCCUGCUGUCCCCAUUGUAUAUGAUGUAGGAAGCCCUGAGAAGACAACUUCUUACUUUUCACCGUAUGGAAAAAAUGAAUUUACUGCUGGCUAUGUCCAGUUCAGAGUUAUAAAUACUGAAAAAGCCGCUCUUGCGCUGUGUCCAGGAGUCAAGGUGACUGGUUGUAACGUGGAACAUCACUGUAUUGGAGGUGGAGGAUACAUUCCAGAGGGAUACCCCAGGCAGUGUGGAGACUUUGCAGCUUUUGACUGGGAUGGAUAUGGUACAGGUAGAGGAUGGAGCGCAAGUAAAGAAAUUACUGAGGCCGCUGUUCUGCUUUUUUACCGAUGAUCUGAUAAACUCAGUACUUUUCAAACCUUGCAUUAUUAAUUACAAUGGAGACUUAUUUUAAAACAUCCCAAGUGAAUAAAGUUUAUGAAAAAGCA